CUGGAUGACGAUGAAGAAGAACCAUCUUUGACUGCGUCACAACAUACGUCGCGUUAUGGGCCCGAGCUGUCUAUGCGUCGUUUGUGCAACGCGAUAAAAGGUGGGAUUAGCUUGACGAAACCCUAGGCAAUACGAGUAUCCAGUACACAGUGAAGGUGGCUAAUUACUACGCGAUGAGAAUUGCUAUCGUGAACGGACCGACGACUGCGCAGCGUACCUGCUCGGAAUUUCAACGAAACAGACGAGAUUGCCAUUUAUCGCCGCGGAAUUAUCGCUGCUGGUUUGCAUAUCGAGCGACCGUCUCUCUCGAAAUCAACUUGUUUGCAUAUUGAUUGCUUCUCACCUCGGAGGGCGUCCGCGACGCCGAUGCAUCGCGUUGUCGGAGCGAUCGGCAAGCCUUAUCGAGGUGCACGAAUCAAAGUCGCAUGUCGGCGACUGACAGGUGAGCUUUUGAUUCCGCGAAUAGAGGCUAUCGCGCGCAUCGGUCGGCCGGGCUCGCGAAUCGAUCUUGAUAAUACGGCGAGGAAUGCGUUAUUCGAUUAAAGCGCACGGUCGAGCGCGAGAAAAUCAAUGUCGAUUGGUUCUCGUUAAAUAAUUAUAAAGCGAAGCCGACAAACGGGCGCACACGCGGCCGGCAAUAUGUUCUACGGCGAGCGGUGGGGACGACUCGGAUAAAUAGCGGCGGUGCAAGAUCACGCCGCUCACAACUUCAUCUCCCACGCUCGACAAAGGGUAACUAUUGCUUGCCAACCUAAUUUUCACGCUACGCGCUCUCUCUUGCUUUUCCAUACAGCACUGCGACCUCGAGUAACUUUUGACGGGCGCUAUUGUCGGACUAAUUGAACGUGACUGCGCCGAGUCGAGAAUGGAGGAGCGAGCCCUCUUGGCCACUCGCUCGACUGAUGGUUUCAUCGAGAAAGGCUGCGUCUUUAACGUAUAUGCGUGAAAAUGGCUUGUUUCAGAGACGAAAUGCUGGGGAAAUUGGCGUUCGUCGGGCUGCUAGCCCUUGCCGUGGCCGAAAAAGUCUCGUUCGAGAACUACCAGGUAUUCCGAGUGAUACCUUCAUCGGCCGAGCAGCUGGAAGUUCUGAAGCAGCUGGAGGAGCAGAACGAGGGCUACUCGUUCUGGAGCGGACCGAGCGAGCUGUUCCGGGCGGCGGACGUGAUGGUGGCCCCGGGCCAGCUGAGCGACUUCGUCGGACUGAUGGACGAGCUGGACAUGCGCUACGAGAGCUACGUGUCGAACGUGCAGCGGCUGAUCGACGAGGAGAACCCGCUGACCCGCGAGGCCGGCUUUGGCUGGAACCGCUACCACACUCUCGACGAGAUCUACGAGUGGCUGGACUCGAUGGCCGCCCAGUACCCGGACAAGGUGCAGGUAGUGGUGGGCGGCAAGAGCUACCAGGGCCGCCAGAUCAAGGGCGUGAAGCUGAGCUUCGGCGAGGGCAAGCCGGCCGUGCUGGUCGAGGGCGGCAUCCACGCCCGCGAGUGGAUCUCGCCCGCCACCGUCACCUACCUGCUCAACGAGCUGCUCACCAGCCAGGAGCCUAGCGUGCGCGAGCUCGCCGAGGCCCACGACUGGUACAUGUUCCCCAGCUUCAACCCCGAUGGAUACGUCUACACGCACACCACCAACCGCUUGUGGCGCAAGACCCUGUCCAAGAGCGGCCUGUUCUGCCAGGGAGCCGACGCCAACCGCAACUGGGGCUACAAGUGGAUGAGCGGUGGCGCGAGUAGCAACCCCUGCUCCGAGACCUACGCCGGAAGAGCUCCUUUCUCCGAGAUCGAGACCAGAAGCAUGUCCGAGUACAUCAAGGGCAUCGAGCGCCUCUUCGCCUACAUCUCCUUCCACAGCUACUCCCAGCUGCUGCUUUUCCCCUACGGCCACACCAAGGAGCACCUCGACAACUACGACGAAUCCUACGCCAUGGGUCUCAAAGCCAUCAGUGCCCUCGCGGAGCGUUACGGCACCAAGUACUCCCACGGAAAUAUCGCCGAGGCUAUCUACGUCGCCAGCGGAAGCUCGAUGGACUGGGCCAAGGCCACUCUCAAUGUGCCCGUUUCUUUCACUUACGAGUUGAGGGACACCGGCCGGCACGGCUUCGUCCUGCCCGCGGAUCAAAUCAUUCCCAACGGCCAGGAGGUCGUGGACUCCCUCGUCGCCAUGUUCAAGGAGGCCAUCAGGUUCGGCUACCCCAAACCAGAGUCCGAUUAAUAAUCGGCCUUUGCGCGCGUGCGCUCGCCUCCUCUCGCGUCCGACACAAUCAAACCUUUCCCAAUAAAACCGCGUUCAAACUGUGCAACGCUCUGGCCUGCUUGCAUUUAUUACCGUAUCCAGAGUAUCCAAAUGUCACACGACGACCC